AACAGACAAUCCACGAAGAAGUCGGAAAGUAGCAAAACGUCUCUUAGCAAGGAGCCAACCGUGGACGUUUUGACUGUUGUUGCUAUGCAAAACCUUUAUUCGCCAUUAUUUUUGUUUGUUUUGUCGAUUGAUCGUAGACUAAACAUUACAGUUUAUCCGGUCUCGUCUCGCUGUACGUUCUCGCCCCCGGUGCACUUUGAAGGCUUAUCGAGCUAGCCGAACUUGUUAGCGAAAGUUAGCCACGCUCGCUAAUGUCGUCGUGGGGGAACAUGCAGAAAGUCCAAAGUCUGAGAGUGUUGGUGAAUGCAAGACUGACCGCUGCCGUGGAAGAAAUAUUCGAAGUGUUGGAAAGAACAAUAGCGGGAUACGAGGAGGAACUUUCUCGAACGAAAGAGGAGAACCAGCGACAGCGUCAACUACUGGACGCCGCUUUGAAGCCUCAGAUUGAGUCGCACAGAAUGGGCGUCAGUGAAGGAGGUCUUCCCCCAGAGCAGCAGCAGGCGAGCUCCAGGCUGGAGCAGCCCCUCCAAAUUAAAGAGGAAGAGGAGGAGCACGUGUUGACUCAGGACGGAGCUGACAUCAGCACAUUUCCAGUGACUCGUGUGAUUGUGAAGAGUGAAGAUGACGAAGACGAAGCUCAGUGGUCACAGCUUCAUUACGGUAAAAGCGAGGAGCCGAGAAUAUCGGAAGCAGACGGCCUAUUGGCGCCGCUGUCGGAUAGUGACGACGCCACGUCACACUCUUCCGAAACAGAUGAUGAAGACUCCAAGGCGGACAUGGCGAGUCACGCUGACAACUUCAAGUGCUCUCAAUGUGACAAAACGUUUGUCUACAAGCGGAAUUUGAGAAGACACAUGAGGUGUCACAAGGAAGACAAACACUUCAAAUGUUCUCAAUGUGACAAAAGUUUUGACGACAAGGCGCAUCUCGAAAGACACACGAGAAGUCACACCGGAGAAAAACCUUUCGGCUGUUCAGUUUGCGGCGAGCGGUUCACCCUGAAAGGCAAUUUGAAGAGACACAGCAAGAGGCACACCGGAGAAAAGACGUUUUCCUGUUCAGUUUGUCGUCAGCCAUUUUCCUCCAAGUCUAACCUAAUGGCGCACACAAGAACGCACACGAGAGAAAAGCCCUUCUCGUGUUCGUUCUGCAACGCAAGAUUUAGCGUCCGUCCGGCGCUGGUUCAACACGUGAGAACGCACACCGGCGAAAAACCCUUUUCCUGCUCAGUCUGCAGUAAAAAAUUCUCCCAAAGAGCGCAUCUGACGGCGCACACGAGAACGCACACGGGGGAGAGACCUUUCCCUUGCUCGGUCUGCAACGUGACUUUUGGCGUCAGCUCGACGCUGAUUCAACACAUGAAGACGCACACCAACGAGAAGCCGUUUUCCUGCUCAGUUUGCGGGAAAACGUUCUCUCGGAAGAGGAGCUUGACCGCGCACAUGCGAACACACACCGGAGAGAAAUUGUUUCCGUGCUCCGUCUGUAAUGAGAGUUUUAGCGCCCGUUCGACAUUAAUCAACCACAAGCGGACGCACACCGGAGAGAAACCUUUCUCUUGCUCGUUCUGUGGGAACAAAUUCUCUCAAAAGGCCCACAUAAUAACACACAUGCGCACGCACACUGGAGAAAAGCCAUUUUCUUGCUCAGAUUGCGGUCAAACGUUCUCUCUGAAGGGCACGCUAAUGAAACACUCCAGGAAACACACCGGAGAAAAGCCAUUUUCAUGUACGGUCUGCAACAUAAGCUUCGGCGUCAGCUCCACCCUGAUUCGUCACAUGAGAACACACACCGGCGAGAAGCCUUUCGCUUGUUCGGUCUGCGGCAAAACGUUCUCCCUGAAAAGCUCUUUGGUGAUACACACAAGGAAGCACACCGGAGAGAAAACAUUCAGUUGCAAGGUGUGUGACGACAAAUUCUCUUCCAGGUGCCAGCUUAACAAACACGUGUGUGCCGGGGAGGGCAGUGGCAGUCAAACACUUGUCACUAUCCAAAUGCUGCGGACGUUGGUGAACGAGCGGCUGACUGUGGCCGUGGAAGAAAUAUUCGUCGUGUUGGAAAGAACGAUAGCGGAGUACGAGGAGGAGCUUUGUCGGAUGAAGGAGGAGAACGAGCGACAACGUCAACUACUGGACGCUGUUUUCAAGUCUCAAAUGGAGUCACACCGAGCAGCGACACCAUCCAAGCGUGGCGGCUGCGACAAAAUGUGCAAAGUCCAAAUGCUGCGGGCGUUGGUGAACGAGCGGCUGACUGUGGCCGUGGAAGAAAUAUUCGUCGUGUUGGAAAGAACGAUAGCGGAGUACGAGGAGGAGCUUUGUCGGAUGAAGGAGGAGAACGAGCGACAACGUCAAGUACUGGACGCUGUUUUCAAGUCUCAAAUGGAGUCACACCGAGCAGACGUCAGUGAAGAAGAUCUCCCCCCUGAGGAGCAGGAGUGGAGCUCCAAGAUGGAGCAGGAGGAGGAGCCGCAGCCCCCCCACGUCAAAAAGGAAGACGAGGACCAUGUGUGGACUCAGGAGGACCCAGACAUCAGCAAGUUUCCAGUGACUCGUGUGAUUGUGAAGAGCGAGGAUGAAGCUCAGUGGCCACAGCUUGAUCACGGUCCGAGUUUGGAAAAGAGGAGAUCAGAAGCCGGCAGCCUCUUGGCGCCGCUGUCGGACAGUGAGGACACGGCGUCACGCUCUCCUGGCACUGACGACGAGGACUCCAAAGCUGACACGACGUCUCACGCUGACAACAAACACUUCAAAUGCGCUCAAUGCGACAAAACCUUUGAUAAGAAGACGCACUUAAAAAUACACAUGCGGACUCACACCGGAGAAAAACCUUUCAGGUGUUCAGUUUGCGGCGAGCGAUUCUCCCAAAAGGGCAAUUUGAUGCGACACAACAAAAGGCACACGGGCGAAAAAACCUUCUCAUGUGCUUUUUGCGGCCAGUUAUUUUCCUCCAAGUCCAAUUUGAUGGUGCACACCAGAACACACACGGGCGAGAGACCCUUCUCCUGCGCCAUCUGCAACACCGGUUUUAGUUCCCACUCGUCCCUGUUGAGGCACAUGAGAACGCACACCGGCGAGAAACCGUUCGCCUGUUCAUUUUGCCACAAGACGUUCUCUCAGAGGGAACACCUGAUAGCGCACACCAGGACGCACACCGGGGAGAAGCCCUUCCUGUGCUCCGUCUGCAACGUGACGUUCACCUUCCAGUCGUCGUUGGUGAGGCACAUGGUGACGCACACCGACGAGAAACCGUUCCCCUGCUCGCUCUGUGGCGAAACCUUCUCACUCAAAAGCACUCUGAGGAAGCACACGAGGAAACACACCGGCGAGAAACCCUUCAGUUGCGAUUCGUGCGACGGAAAGUUUUCCUAUAAGUACCAGCUGAGCAAACACGCGUGUGCUGGCGAGGGCAGCAGCGGUCAAACUCUCUUCACCGGCUAGAUUUCACCUUUUGUUAUGUCGUUAUUGUGCAUGGGUAAUAUAUAUAUUCUAACACAUUGUAAUCAAAUCUUCUUUGUGUACGACUUAAAGCACUUAAACACUGACUGACCACAAUCUGGCAAAUAUUGUCUAAUAUUUUGACCAGGCCACUCUUCAAUGUAAUGUCGAUUAAUUAAUACAUGGAUACUUUAUAUAUAUACACUAUAUUGCCAAAAGUAUUUGGCCACACAUCCAAAUGAUCAGAAUCAGGUGUACCUAAUCACUUAGCCCGGCCACAGGUGAGAGAGGAGAAGGAGACACCUUUAGUCAAAAAAAGAUUUACGACCUUAAGGUCAAAAGGUCAGAGGGGGGUGGGGUGAAGGGG